AGCAUUAUCAUUGACAAUUGACACUUUAGAUUGAACGUGUCUUCGGUGUCUAACAUGUACGGUGUUAGUGUAGUUAUAUUCUGUUAAAGAAGUUCACAUCACUUGCGAGAUGGCCUGAAUAUGUGUUUAUAAGUGAGCGUAAUUCUCACAUUACAAGCCGGUUUUGUAAGGUUGAGUUAAGCCCAAUACUCAAUUCUAUGAUAGUAUCAGAGCAUAUCCACGAUUUGCUGGGCCACUUCGUCGGGCCGCCUGCAAUCAGAACCUCUCCACAAUCCGUCGGGGAAUGAGUUUGACCCAAUACCCAAUUCUAAAACAUUCAAUUACUUUUAUUUUCUCAAACUUAUACUGGUAUCUUCGUUUUUGUGUUUGCGUUAGGGCUUCAUAGUUUUUAGUUGAAGGCACAAAUUUUUGCAGCAUAUCAUGUUUCAUUUCUAUGUAUACUUGUGAUGCUGACCUGAAUCAAUUUUUGAUGAUGAGUAAAUAAAGUCGUGCAUCUCUAUCUCAUGUCUUUACUUGUAAAAUGGGGUGAAUAACACAUCAUUUCCUAGGUGGCCAAUCAGAGUGAACCAGGUCAAUGCUUUCCUGAAGAACAAUAUUAGUUAUUAUUAUAAUAUGAUAUAAUAACCACCAAAGAGUGUUUUAUGUCUAUAGGAAACUACGGAAACGGAUUAUACGCAGUUACUACAUUAACGCAGUAAUUGUUGUCGACCGUCCUAUUAGAAACGAACGGUUAAGAUUAAAACUGUGUGAAACUGUACUGAAUAAAUCAUAGUCGUUUGAUCACUUUUCAAUGGCCAAGAUUGGCUACUGUGUGAAACUGCGUGAGGCAGUUACAGCAGACAAUCUCGGUCUGGGAAACUACCAAGCAAAACAUUUCAUAUAGCUUAUAAGUAUAGAGUCUGGUUUGCAGAUCAUAGUCUGUCUCUUCUACUAGUCUGCUAUGCUAUGCACUUGCAGAGAGUAUUGUGACUAAUCUAGAAAUCAUGGCAUGGAGUGCAGUGAGUUUUCUUCUGCAAAGGCUUGAACCAGUAUUACAGAAUAAGGUGAAUUUGCUCACAGGAGUUGAAUCAGAAGUGGUGUAUCUGAAAGGACAAUUAGAGCUCAUAACAGCCUACUUAAAGGUUGCAGAUGCAUUAGAAGAGAGUGAUGAGGAACUCAAAGUUUGGGUUAAGCAAGUUAGAGAUGUUGCUCAUGAGACUGAAGAUAUUCUCGAUGAGUUGAAACUUCUUGUCCAAGCUCGUAAUCAUACAAAUCGAUUUUCUAUUUCCCUACGCAUUAGGAAUAUGAAAGCUCGUUAUCGGAUUUGUUAUGAGUUGAAAAGCAUCAAUUCUCGCAUGACAACUAUUUUUUCAAUUCAUAAGAGAUUCCUCAGAAAACUCGACUCUUCCUCAGAAGCUUCAAGUUCCAAUUAUACAGCAGGUAAAACAUGGCAUGAUCAACGAGGAGAUGCUCUUCUCCUGGACAACACUGAUCUAGUAGGCAUAGACAGACCUAAAAAGCAGUUGAUCGGUUGGUUGAUCAAAAGUUGUCCUGGACGGAAAGUAAUUUCCGUUACCGGAAUGGGAGGGAUGGGAAAAACUACUUUAGUGAAGAAAGUAUAUGAUGAUCCAGAGGUAAUAAAACACUUCAAAGCCUGUGCUUGGGUUACUGUUUCACAAUCUUGUGAAAUUGAGGACCUACUCAGAGACUUAGCCCAAAAACUAUUUUCUGAGAUACGACGAAAAGUCCCAGAAGGCUUGGAAAGCAUGCGUAGUGACAAGUUGAAGAUGAUUAUCAAAGAGCUCUUGGAGAGAAGGAGGUACCUAGUUGUAUUUGAUGAUAUGUGGCAUAUGCAUGAAUGGGAAGCUGUCAAAUAUGCACUUCCAAAAAACAAUUGUGGUAGCAGAAUCAUGAUCACCACGCGCAAAUCUGAUUUAGCCUUUAUUUCGUCCAGUAUAGAGUCCAAAGGUAAGGUGUAUAACCUACAACCCUUGAAAGAAGAUGAAGCGCGAGAAUUAUUUUGUAGAAAGACUUUCCAAGGUCACUCAUGUCCCUCAUAUUUAAUUGACAUAUGUAAUUAUAUCUUAAGAAAAUGUGAGGGUCUUCCCCUUGCAAUUGUAGCAAUCAGUGGUGUCCUUGCUACAAAAGACAAGCAUAGGAUAGAUGAGUGGAGCAUGAUUUGUCGUUGUCUUGGAUCUGAAAUUCAAGUCAACAGCAAACUUGAUAAUCUGAAAACAGUACUUUGCCUUAGUUUUAAUGAUUUGCCUUACUAUUUAAAGUACUGUUUCUUGUACUUAAGCAUGUUUCCUGAGGACUAUCAGAUUCAGCGCAUGAGAUUGAUUCGGUUAUGGAUAGCAGAAGGAUUUAUUGAAGCCAAAGACGGAAAAACUGUGGAAGAUGUUGCAGAAGAUUACCUCAAGGAGCUCCUAAACAGAAACUUAUUACAAGUAGCAGAAAGAACAUCUGAUGGAAGAGUCAAAACUUUGAGAAUCCAUGAUCUCCUGAGGGAGAUUAUCAUUUUGAAGUCCAAGGACCAAAACUUUGCAACAAUUGUCAAAGAACAAAAUGUGGUGUCACCUGAGAAACUCCGACGCCUUGCGCUGCACGGCACACUACCAAAUCCAAAUGGACAGCAACAAAGAUCGGUUUCUCAACUCCGUUCUCUCUUAAUGUUUGGAGUGUCUGAAAUUUUAUCCCUUGGAAAACUGUUUCCAGGUGGAUUCAAACUCCUCGGUGUUUUAGAUUAUCAAGAUUCACCUUUGAAGAAGUUUCCAGUAGCAGUUAAUGAUUUAUAUCAUUUAACAUAUCUGAGCUUGAAAAACACACAGGUGAAAAGGCUUCCAAAUUGUGUACUAGGAAAGUUGCAAAAUCUAGAAACACUUGAUCUUAAGAAUACUCGUGUUACAGAAUUGCCUGCAGAUAUAGUAAAGCUUAAAAAGCUUCGCCAUCUCCUUGUAUAUCGGUCUAUAGUAGAAGGUUAUGCACAAUUCCACUCGAAAUAUGGUUUUAAGGCCCCUCUUCAAAUAGGAAAAUUACAGUCACUACAAAAGCUUUGUUUUGUAGAGGCAAACCAAGGUUGUGGCAUGAUUAUAAGACAAUUAAAGGAGCUAAGCCAAUUACGAAGGUUAGGCAUCAUGAGACUCAGGGAAGAAGAUGGGAAGGAUUUCUGUUUCUGCAUUGAAAAAUUGACUAGUCUCUGUGCGCUUUCUGUUACUUCUGAGGGUGAGAAUAAAGUUAUUGAUUUGACAUAUCUUUCUACACCUCCUCCGUUUCUUCAACGAUUGUAUUUGUCAGGGCGACUACAAGAGUUACCGUGCUGGAUACCUUCUCUUCAUAACCUGGCCAGGUUAUUUCUAAAAUGGAGCUGUUUGAAACAUGAUCCACUGGUAUAUCUGCAGGAUUUGCCGAACCUUGCACAUCUAGAACUACUCCAAGUUUAUGAUACUGACAUGUUGCAUUUCAAGUGCGGUAAGUUCAAUAAGCUUAAGGUUUUAGGCCUUGACAAAUUUGAAGGACUCAAUCAGGUUAUAGUGGAGAAGGGUGCAAUGCCUUACCUUGAAACACUAAGCAUCGGGCGUUGCGGAUCAUUGAAGAAGGUUCCAUCAGGCAUUGAAAACUUGACUAAACUUGAAGUCCUAGAGUUUUUCGAUAUGCCAGAUGAACUCAUGAAGACAAUAUGUCAACAUGGUCCGGGAAAAGAUUACUGGAAAGUAUCACAUAUACCAGAAGUUUAUUCUACCUACUGGAGAGAUGGUGGUUGGGAUGUUUAUGCAUUAGACAGUUUCAGAGACUGUUCUCCCCGAUCUGGCAUAGUCAGGAGAAGCCAUGAACGCCGGAAUCAGUGGAAAGUUUAGCUUUAAAUUAUGGAAUAAUAACAGAAAUGUGUAUAAUAAUUUGUGUAUAUUGUAUAUUAACAAAACUGAGCUGACUUGUUUCCUGUAUAUAUGUCAGCACUCCAAAUAAAGGUGUAGGUUUUAACUCACCUUUGUUUAAAUUUGAUCAAUAUAUAUAAUUCUUCCAAUAUUCCAUA